AAAGACACUAUGGCKGUCACAAAAAUAUGCUGUAUAGGCGCUGGAUAUGUUGGUGGACCCACGUGCAGUGUAAUAGCAAUGCAGUGUCCACACAUAAAAGUCACGGUUGUAGACAUAAGCGCUCAUCGAAUUUCCCAGUGGAACUCAGAGAAAUUGCCCAUCUAUGAACCCGGACUCGAUGACAUUGUAAAAAAACGCAGAAAUGUAAACUUGUUCUUUUCCACAAACAUCGAAGAAGCUAUUCAAGAAGCAGAUUUAAUUUUUAUUUCUGUUAACACCCCUACAAAGACGUUUGGAGUAGGCAAAGUAUUAUCUAAUCCCGAGUUCUUGUCAGAAGGCGUGGCUGUUGAAAACCUAUUAAAUGCAGACCGAGUUCUUAUAGGACACGAAGAGACCGCCGACGGUUUGUGGGCUUUUAAGGAACUCAGUAAAGUCUAUUCAAAUUGGAUACCCGAAGAGAAAAUCCUCAGGACGAACACUUGGUCUUCGGAACUAACCAAAUUGGCGGCUAAUGCAUUUCUAGCUCAACGGAUUUCCAGCAUUAACUCAAUGUCAGUUAUAUGUGAAGCGACUGGUGCAGAUGUCAGUGAGGUGGCUAAGGGCAUAGGCCUCGAUUCCAGAAUUGGGCCAAAAUUUCUACAAGCGUCAGUCGGUUUCGGAGGCAGUUGUUUUCAAAAAGAUCUACUAAAUUUAGUUUACAUAUGUGAAUGUUUAAAUCUUCCACAAGUAGCUGUUUAUUGGCAACAAGUACUGGACAUGAAUGUUUAUCAAAAAUCUAGAUUUUCAAAUAAAGUUAUUGAAUCAUUGUUUAAUACGGUCACUGGUAAAAAAAUAACAAUGUUUGGAUUUGCGUUUAAAAAAGACACGGGUGAUACUCGUGAGUSACCUGCAAUACACGUUGGUAAGACGUUACUCGAUGAAGGAGCAAAACUCAAUAUUUAUGACCCGAAGGUGGAACCAGAACAAAUCCAAAAAGACCUCACGCAUCCUUACGUCACAGAUAAUCCAGAAAACGUAAUUAGGUCUAUUGAAAUCCACAAUAAUCCAUACACAGCUGCAGACUCUACACACGCUAUUGUAAUAUGCACCGAAUGGGACGAAUUUGUGAACUUGGAUUAUGAAAAAAUUUAUAAACGUAUGAUAAAACCAGCAUUUAUUUUUGAUGGUCGCAAGAUUCUGAACCAUGAAAUCUUGGCCACAAUUGGUUUCCAAGUUCAUACAAUUGGAAAGCGUUGAAUUUUAAAAUGUAUGGCGCAUAUUGUCUUCCAUUUAACCAUAUCGAUUAAGUAUUCUUGCCACCACUAGAAAAUAUCAGUAAUUAUAUUAUAUAUUUUUUUACAUUUAUACUUCAUAGUUUUUACAUAACCUUAACACCUUAUUGAUCAAUUUAUACAUGACAUGGCCUCAUACUUAAAAUAAGAAAUGAAUUACUAUAAGUAGUAAGGAUAUAUAUAUUKUAAUGUUGUAACU